AAAAUGUUAAUAGGUUUGGCAUGUAGAAUUAUAUUCGUGCUUAAUUAUGAAGCACAUGUAGCGUAGAUUACUGAUGUUUCAUUAUAGACUGCUGUAUCCAGCUCCUACAUAUUUGGCAUUUCGGUUUCAAAUGCUGCUGAGUAGAAGGUUGGCAAUAGGAAUUUGGUGCAAAAUAAGCAGCACGGCUUUCUCGUAGAUUACUGAUGUUUCAUUAUAGACUGCUGUAUCCAGCUCCUACAUAUUUGGCAUUUCGGUUUCAAAUGCUGCUGAGUAGAAGGUUGGCAAUAGGAAUUUGGUGCAAAAUAAGCAGCACGGCUUUCUCCUUUUCUUUGAACCCAUUAAUUCUAUAGCUCUUGGUAAUGCACUUUGUGGAGUUUAUCACCAUACUUAUUUAGAAGUCUCGAAGUGUACUCUGUUCUUAUUCAGAUUUCAAUUCACGUUUCCGAAUUGUUUUCAUUCUUACUGAUCACGUGUAAUUGGUGGCCAAGUUAUGAUGUGAAACGUGGUUAUAUCUGCAAACCACAAUGCUGCUGGAUCUACUAUAAUAAAACAGACUAUUUGGGCAUUAACACGUGACAUAACUGUAGGAAUAAAAGAAUCUAUGGAGGACUAGAAUUGCAUAACCAUGGAUCUUGUAACUAAGGUUUCACAGCAGUAUUUUUAAUACACGAUUAUGGAAUCGUUGCAGCCAAGAUACUGACGGAACUCUGAAAUAACCAGCUAACAUAAUGACAGAGACAGAUUCCAGCCUUUGCAAAAAAAAAAAGGAGAUAGCUAAUGCCCAAAAAAUCGAUAAUUAUAUUAAUAUACCAUCAUCAGAAACUUUAGAUCUCAUCAACUGACAAGAACUCAGUACAAUUAUAAUGGUGCAUGAACAAUUUGUGUAGCCUUUGGUCACUGUGAUCUCAUGACUGUUAGAAAACAGCCAUAGCCAAAGCAUGUUGGAUGCUGCAAUGUAGAACUACUUACAUCGCCUGUCAAUUUUGGAGGCAGUCAAAAUAGAACAUGAUUGAUGGUUAUGUUAAUGGGUCUCAUACGACUUUCUUGAGUGAAGGCGAUUCCGUUGGUACAAAAUAUUGUGGACAUGUUACACCAUCUGAAUUCUCUGUAAAAAUGAUUGAAGCUGAGCAGUGUGUGCAGGUAUGGAAGAUUUGUCUGGCAAUGGUGUAUCACUGAUGCUUGCUAAUGAUACUGCAAUUUCCCAGAACACCGUGGUUUUGGUGAAGGUUGAACCUAAUUCAGAUAGUGAUACAAAUCUGGCAUCUCAUCAUGGUGGAAAUGAGUUCAUUAGUAUAAAAGUUGAAGAGGGCACACACAUAGAACAGGACGAGGAUCCUUUGACAUCAAAAUUUCCUGAAGUAAAGGCUGAACGUGAGGGGUUGACUGUAGUUGAAGAAGUGGAAGAUGCAUUUAGAGCAGAGAGUGAAUUACAGGAUACUUGCGCCACACCAGGAAAAGGCACAGAUUGUUCACUAUACACUCAUAAAUGCGAAAUUUGUAAACAUUUAUUUACAUCUCAUCAUAAACCUCAUGAUAUACAAAAUGAAAAUUAUUCAUACUUGUGUAAUUUUUGUAAGAAGUCUUCCACGCACCACAGUAUUCUUGAGAAUCAUAUUUCUCCCUGUAGUGAUGAACGUACAUAUUGUUGUGAGGUUUGUAAUAAAUCAUUUACUGAAUAUAGUGUGCUUGUAGAACAUCAGCAAGCGCACAUUAGAGAGUGUUCAUAUUCCUGUGAUGAGCGCAGUAGAUUAUUCAGCCAGGAGAGUUAUCUAAAACAACAUCAACACAUUCAUACUGUAGAGCGUCCAUAUUCAUGUCGCGUCUGUAAUAAAUCAUUCAUUCAACAAAACCAUUUGAAACAACAUCUGCAUAUACAUAGUGGACAACGUCAAUUUUUUUGUGCUGAGUGUAAUAAAACAUUCAAACAGCAAAGUACUCUGAGUCAACACAAACACAUACAUCGUUCACACCGUCGGUAUUCGUGUGAUGUAUGUAGUAAAUCGUUCAGUUGGCAGAAAAGUCUGAAGGAUCAUCAACGCCUGCAUACUGGGGAGCGUCCGUAUUUCUGUGAUGUAUGUAAUAAAUAUUUCAUAAGACUUCAUAAUCUGAGGACCCAUCGACGUAUACACAGUGGGGAGCGUCCAUAUGCGUGUGAUGUCUGUAAGAAAUCAUUUAGUCAGCAGACUAGUCUGAAGGAACAUCAGUACAUACACAGUGGGGAGCGUCCAUUUAGUUGUAGUGUGUGCGAUAAAUCAUUCACGCAGCGAAGUACUUUGAAGGAGCAUCAACGCAUACAUAGUGGGGAGCGUCCAUAUUCCUGUGGAGUAUGUAAGAAGUCAUUUAGACAUCACAGUGGUUUGAAGAGACAUCAGUACAUUCACACAGGAGAGGUUUCCUACUCCUGUUUAGUGUGUGAUAAAUCGUUUAGUCAGAGAAGUAAACUGAAGGAACAUCAACGUGUGCACAGUGGGGAGUAUCCAUAUCUUUGUGAUGAGUGUAAUAAAUCAUUCAGGAAAGAAAGUCAUCUGAAGCUACACUUACAUGCUGCGCACAGUGCAGAACGCCCUUAUUCCUGUGAAGUUUGUCACAAAUCUUUCACUCAGCAAGGAAGCCUGACGGCACAUCAGCGUGUACAUAGCAGGGCGCACCUUGUAUAUUCCUGCAAUGUGUGUCAGAAAUCGUUCAUUAAACAGAGUCAUUUGAAUUUACAUCAACAGAUACACAGCGGGGAACGUCCAUAUUCCUGUGGAGUGUGUAAUAAAUCAUUUGGUCGGAAGAGUAGUCUCAAGAGACAUAAAGAGAUACAUAACGGGGGAUCGAUACCUGUCUGAUAUGUAGGAAAUUGUUUUGCCAUGGAUAUAGUUUAAAUGAAUAUGAACUGAUAUGCCUACUAUUGUCUGCUCUGAGAAAGAAUGGACAUGCGGUGGGAGUUGAAGCUGGUCAUCUACUCCCCCACUUUAUGUGCACUGCACAUCUCAGCUCUGUCAGCUUCCCAGACUCAUCUCCGUGUAUGAGGAAGCAGGUGAUUACUUCAUUUUUAAUCAGUUAUCAUUUUACAGUAAGGUAAAAUUGUCUGUGUGCUUGCCUAAUUAAGCACUAUGCCGUGAAGGCGUAUGGGGGAGUGGAUGUAUAGAUCCACAUUUCUCUUGACUUCGGUACUAGCUGGAGGUGAGUCGUCAGCUUCUUUACCGCCAGUGAAAGAGCCACUGGUACUCAUUGGAUAGGAGGUUGGGUCUGGAUGAUGUAGAGAGGAGAAAGUUCUUGAUCCUACCAGAACG